AUGAGACCUGCUGGACCGUCGAGAUCAGCUGCUGCAUGGCCCUUGGCAGCAAUCUGUUGUUUAGGUUUACUUUUAUUUACAAUUGCUGCAGCGAUUGUAAUCGCUUUAAUUCCGGUAUAUCUUCCAACAAAAAAUGCAUCAGCUUCACAAAACGUUUUGACUUCUAAUACACCAUUCUAUCUUCAAACUACUUCGGAUGCAGAUGAUGACUCAAAUCUAGCAGGCACUGGAACAAAUACUGACGAUAUUGCUAACAGUUUAGGUAUAUCUGGUGAUGAUAUAAAAGUUACCGGGAUUACUACUGCACCUGGAGGAUCUGUGGUGAGACGAAAACGUGGCUUCAAUUCACGUACAAAACGAAGUUUCUCAAUACUAAUUCUUAUAACAUGCCAAUUUACAAAAGCAUUCAAAGAUUGUAAUGCACAUUGUAUGAAUGCAAGAAAACAAUUCCAAGCCAAUGUAUUAAAAAUUACUAGCCUUCCCAUAAAACUUGCAGUUAAUCCUGGCAGUGCUGGUCUUGGUACUGCAGGUACAUAUGGUUAUACGUGUAAAAAAUUUACAUUUCUAACAACAAAACCAUCUGGUUUCCCCGGACCGCCACCAUCAAACACAUUUACCUGUAUAAAAUCAGGUCUAUUCACCGAUGCAUCGAUCUGGGAUAACGGAAUAGUUCCAUAUGGUGCUUGCAAUGUUGUUAUUCCUGCUGGUUUUCAUGUGGUUCUUGCAACUCCUGGAAUUGGUAUUCGAAUGAUAUCGUUGGUUGUAUAUGGUACAUUAAGUUUGGGUUCAGGCAGUUCAACUUUUAAAUUUAACUUUGGAAUUAAUCUUGUUUGUCGUGAUGGUGGAAAAAUUGAAGAUUUAACAACAAACAAACAAUUUCUUCUACCUUUCGGUUCGGUAGUUACUAUAUAUCCUAAUGGCGGUUUUGUUGCAGCUGGAACUACUCUUCAAUCAUAUACUUCAACAGGUAGUCUAGCAAAAAGUGUUACAAUAAGUUCAACAACUGGUCCAUUUACUUGUGGUAUCUUACCCGAUGGAACUACUCUUACGUAUAAUCAAGUAAUGUUUUUUGUUAUAAAAUCUGGUGAUAUUGGAACAGGAUCAUGUUAUCUUGGUGGUUCUGCACCAACAGGUCCAGCUUGCGCAUCGUCUGGUUGUGGUAUUUAUGUUGCACCAAGUUGUACAUUAACUACAGCUUCAUUGAGUGGUCAAUUGAGCAUAAAUAUUGGUACUAUAAUCGUUAACUCAGGAUCUACUUGUGAUCUAGGAACAGGUGGUUCAAGUAGUCAAUUUAAAUGUAUCAAUCCAAUUAGCAUCAUUGUACGAAGUGGUGGAACACUCCAAGUUUCAGCAACAAGCAAAACUUUACUUCUUCCGUUAGGUUCCAUGGUUACUAUAUAUAAAGGUGGAAGUUGUACGGCAGGAACUGUUAUUCAAUCAUAUACUUCAUCAGGUUUAGGAGGUACUAUUCAAGUACCCAACGCUGGACCAUUUACUGGUGCAUUUUUAUCUGACGGAACUGUUCUUCAGUAUAAUGAAGUAACAUUCAUUGCUAUAAACUCUGGUGAUAUUCAAUCAGGAUCAUGCUAUAUGGGUGGUUUUGCCCCAAAUGUUGCAGACUGUAGUUCUGGUUGUGGUAUUUAUAUUGCAAAAGGUGUAACAUUAUCAACAGCCAGUCUUAACGGUGUACUGAAUAUAGAUAUUGAUACAUUCACUGUAGCUUUCGGAGCUACUCUUCAAAUUGGCACACCUGGUUCAACUGCUGGAUUUAAAUUUCUCUUUCCUGUCAUACUUGACAUAUCUGGUACAUUCUCAUUUGUUGCUGCUGGCGGUGGAAUCUUUUUAGUUGUUGGUAGUGAGUUCAAUCUUCUAGCUGGUGGUUCAUUUAUUAGUGCCGUCGCAACAUUUCUUCAAGUCUAUGAUCCAGUUAGCGGCGCUCUUAUUGGUGUCGCAUUAGCAUUAGUUUCAGGUCAGACAGGACCGUGGUUUGUUACUGUUUUAGCUGGCGGUGGUUUUACAAUAAGCAUUAUAGGUGCGGGUUUAACUGGUGUAUCAUCUACUGUCCCGGUACCAACUGUUGCAAUGGGUUAA